AUGUCCUCGUUCGAAGGCGAGAUCAGCGGACGUACUGGUGACAAAGGUAGUCCCGGGUGCCGACGGGUGGACGGAUCAUCGGAUUCGCCUAUAGACACGCCGGAGACCUCAAGGUAAGCGAUCCUCAGGUAAGCUGAAUAUUGCUCUGUUGUCGUCGCCUGCUCACCAUCUCCGUUUCAGUAAUGAACUGUCAAGUUGCCGCCGCCGCCGUCGCCGCCGCGCUGUCGCCGACGAGAACGCCUCCGUGGAGAACCGGUGGUGUCAACUGCGGGACACAAUCCAGUCGACCGUCCUGGCUGUCCUCGGUCGCGCACACCGCCAACAUCAGGACCGGUUUGAUGAAAACGACACCGCCAUCUGCAACCUACUCGCGGAGAAGAACAGCCUGCACAAAGCCCACGUCAAUCGCCUUACCAACAACAACAAAGCAGCCUCCUACCGUGGUCACUGCUUUGUGCAACAGCGACUGCAAGAGAAGCAGGACGUUUGGACAGCUCGCAAAGCUGAAGAGAUCGAAGGAUACGCGUGCCGCAACGAAUGGAAGAAUUUCUUCGCCGCGAUCACGGCUGUCUACGGUUCCACAGCCAAAAGCACCGCUCCUCUUCUCAGCGUCGACGGCAGUACCCUACUCACCGAGAAGACACAAAUUCUACAGCGAUAG